AUGGCCCGUCCCGUACCAUAUUUCCGGCCACAGGCUUUCAACAUUGGCUUCAGGAACUCUAUGGGCUCCACUCAUGUUCAGCCCUCGCGCUUGCCUGCCACCGUGCACGGAAAAUCAAUGCCUGCGACAGUCACGGCACACAGUGUCUCAGAAACGCAAAGCUCAGAAUGGCCAGAGACCCCGUCCGACCAGUCUACAGCAGCGUCCGCCAUCCAGCGCCGCCCAGGCCAUUGCAAGAAAGACAAUAAAAAAAGGGGACAGAGACGAAGGGAAAAAGCGCAACAGCUUGCAAUUCAAAACAAGAAGAUUGUAUAUCAACACACCCAGGCCCAAAUUGAAAUCCAGGGCCUACGUGAGCAACUGUGGCAGCAGGAGCAAUCUCACCGACGUUAUGAGGCAAAGAUGCGAAGGUUUUUCCACGACUGUCAUGUCGAAGCUUCUUCUCUUGUCAAAUCAGUCAAUAUUCUCCUAUCAGAUUGCGCAACGCGUCCCAGAGGUGUACCAGAACCUGUGAGUUACGAGCAUCAAUUGGCGCGUGACAAAGCACCAAUGUGA